AAGCAGGCCAAUUCAUGGCUGCUUUAUUCAGAGACUACUAGCGUAGCACAGCUCGCUGAUGGACAAGACGUGCACAGGAAAUACCGCUAUUGGAUUAUGUCAGUGUUCUAUUCAACUAAGCUCAACUAGCAGAAACGUAGACCGCCAGAGCGUUAAUUUGUGCACCAGCAAGUUUAGUCAGUGUAAUCCGCAUGACUGCUUAACUGACUUACGCCAUCGAAUUCCGCCAGUGAUCCUUCUUUCUGCCAGUGGUCUCUCCGCCUCAGCUGCACGAUCUCCCGUAUUUACCAAUCCUGAGAAUCGCCGCAUCUCGAAGCGUCGGUCACGCGCAACUGUCUCAAGUGCACUCCCAGGCGCCGUCAUGGCUGACUCCAACUACCUCACCAUUACCGCUAUAGUCACCAUCGCGUAUCAACUAUCAUUCUUCGUUAUUGCUGCUGGGUUCAAAUUCGAUAAAGUCACCGAUUUUGCGGGAACCACCAAUUUCAUUGUCCUCGCUCUCCUCACCUCGCUUCUCAGCGGGAGCUGGUACCCCAGGCAGGUGCUGCUGACGUCCCUCGUGGUCAUCUGGGGCCUCCGCCUCGGUCUCUUCCUUCUCUUCCGCAUCCUCGCGUGGGGUGAGGACCGCAGGUUCGACCAGACUCGCAACAACGUCCUGCAGUUCGCCGUCUUCUGGGUGUUCCAGGCAGUCUGGGUGUGGGUGGUGUCCCUCCCAGUCACGUUCGUCAACGCCACAGUCACCCGCAACCCCCCUCUGGGCUCGCUGGACGCCCUGGGCUGCGCCAUGUGGGCGGCAGGCGUGCUGCUGGAGGGGGCGGCGGACCAGCAGAAGCUGCGGUUCAAGGCGGAUGCUGCCAACCGAGGCCACUGGUGCGACGUGGGCGUGUGGCGCUGGUCCCGCCACCCCAACUACUGCGGCGAGAUUAUGGCGUGGGUGGGGGUGCUGGUAGUCAGCUCGCCUGUGCUGCAGGGGUGGCAGUGGGCGGCCGUCAUGAGCCCUCUCUUCACUGCUGCCAUCCUGCUCUUCCUCUCCGGCAUGCCGCUGCUAGAGGAGUCUGCCAACAAGAAAUUCGGCCAGCGAGCAGACUACCUUCAGUACCGCGCCACUACCAGCCCUCUCAUCCCCCUCCCUCCCGGCCUCUACGCGCUGCUCCCUCACUUCAUCAAGUUCGCUUUCUUCCUCGAGCUGCCCAUCUACGCCGAGCAUCUUUCAACUGCCCGGAACUCUCUCAUUCAAGAGGACCAGUAGCACUGACUGGAGGAGUAGCAGGGGGUUUGUGACUAGGCGAGAGCAGCAGCAGGGCUGCGCAAGAGCAUGUGUAGCCCGCAUACCCAACCGCAGCAGCUCCCACCCCUCCUCCCUCACUAUGCUGCACAGUGCUGCUGUCACAGAUGCAGUCUGCAGGCAUAAUCAGGAAGAUUUAUCCUCCUAUUGAGUAAAAGAGAGGGAUCCAAGGAACAUGACAUGACAUGAUGCAGUAGGUACAGCAAGCAGUGAAGAAAAGCAUUUUCUUUCCAUCUUGCACAUGAAGUUGUGGAGUGUCAGGUGGGUCUAGGCACGGGAAGAUUGAAGCCUGGGUAGUAUGUUCUUCAAAUGACUGAAGCUACCACAG